AUGACGGAAAUACAAACCCGCUGUUUUGGUUGUGGAACUCUGGCAGUGCUGGAACAAAAUGAAGCUGGGAUAGUUCUGCUCAGGAGUUUUGACUGGAAUGAUGGUCUGUUUGAUGUGACCUGGAGUGAGAAUAAUGAACAUGUGUUGAUCACUUCUAGCGGAGAUGGAUCUCUGCAAAUCUGGGAUACAGCUAAAACCAAAGGUCCACUGCAAGUCUAUAAAGAGCACACUCAGGAGGCAUAUAGUGUUGACUGGAGCCAAACUAGAGGAGAGCAGCUAGUGGUGUCUGGUUCAUGGGAUCAAACAGCCAAGCUGUGGGAUCCAGCUGUGGGGAAGUCAUUAUGCACUUUUAAAGGCCACGAAGGGGUCAUUUACAGCACUAUAUGGUCUCCACACAUCCCAGGUUGUUUUGCAUCUGCCUCAGGUGACCAGACUUUAAGAGUUUGGGAUGUGAAAGCCCCAGGAGUCAAACUUGUGAUACCGGCCCACCAGGCUGAGAUCUUGAGCUGUGACUGGUGCAAAUAUGAUGAGAACUUGCUGGUAACUGGUGCAGUUGACUGUAGCUUGAAAGGCUGGGAUUUGCGGAACAUCCGGCAACCAGUGUUCAUCUUGCUUGGUCAUACUUAUGCUAUCAGAAGAGUAAAAUUUUCACCAUUCCAUGCAACCUUAUUGGCCUCUUGCUCCUAUGAUUUUACUGUGAGAUUCUGGGACUUUUCCAAGCCUAACCCUUUGCUGGAAACAGUUGAGCAUCAUACUGAAUUUACAUGUGGACUGGAUUUAAGUCUUCACAACCGUGGUCAGGUGGUGGACUGUGCUUGGGACGAACUAGUCAAGAUCUAUACGCCAUCCUGUCUUGCAGUUCCUGUCUAGAGAGAAAGUGAAGAUGAUCUGACACACCAGGAGCCUUUCUCUCUUCCCCCACUACCAGACUUGUGCUAAAGUGUCACCUGUGUCACUGAUCUUAGUGUCUCUUUUUAAGUAAAACUCUGCUUGAACAGAGUGUUGUGCACUUAAGCAUGUGGAGAUUUUAGGGCUUGGUUUACUGUACAGGUAAUACUUGAGCCAGCAAAACGUUCAACAGCUACUGAAUGGCCAAAGAGUGGCCGUAGCAGGUAUGAGCUGGUGUCUUUACAGUAGAGUCACCAACACAAUUUUGUCGUCUGUCUGGCUAAUGAUGAGAGCAGAGGCCUGAAUCUUCUUGAUCCUUAUAAAGAAUAAAAGUAACUGGCAGUGUAUUUUGAGAUAAUCUCACUGUAGAAAAGAAAGGAAAAAAAGUGGCUUUUCACUGUAAAGUACUGUAAUGUCAACUGAAGUUUGUAUCACUCAGAUGCAUUUAUAUGUUUUGCUGUGACUCACGUUGCAUUAUUUUCUUGUGCAAUAUGACAAAUACUCUUCAUAGACAGUAAAUGUCAUAGUUUAUAGCCAGCUGAUUCAUUUAACCUUUUUGAUGGUCGCUUCACAAUGAUGGUAAAGAUUAUUUUCAUACUUUUUUUCCCCUUAGAUCUCCUUGAGUAAAACAGUUGAUGAAGUCAUGCAGAAAGAUACUCUCAUGGUAGAGAAAAUGCUUAGGAAAAAAUUAAAUAUAUACAACACUAAUUGGAUCACAAUCUCCAAGAUUUAGAGAUAGGGCAACCAUCUUUUUUAUUAGACUUGUCUUCUAUUUUCACUUAGAAAGUUUUUCCAAGAGAUAGAAGAGGAAUAUGGUCAUAUAUUCAGUGUUUCUGGACCUCUGACAGCCUGGCCAAAGUGAGAGCUGAUGUCCAGACCAGCUGAACCUACAUACAUGCGGAUUAACUGUGUGGCAUAAGCAUAGCAGAUCCAGUGCGGCCAAGCUAUUAUACUUAGAAGAAUAUGCCCAACAUGUUACAGGUAGGUUGAGUACUUUGCGUGCCCACUUUGACUCCUCAGCCCACAUGCCCCAGAAAAACUCAGAUGAAAAUACCAGCAAGUAGAGGCAUUCAGUUUUUAUGCUUCUCCAGUCUCCUUUGAAUACUCUUUCAGGAUCCAACUGUGAUACUCCUGCCAUUCUCACUGGUACAUGUUAGGCUUCUCUCCUGGUUUCCUGCUAGCCUUUUUUUAUUUUUUUACCUUCUUAAAACUUUCUCAUUUCUGCUGUUACCCCGUAUCAUCAGUCUUUACCAUCAAAAGACUAUUUGCAGAUCUUUGGUUGGGUUUUCAUAGUCUCCUGUUAACGACACUUCUGGGUUGCACCACUCAUAUAUCAAGCAAUAGCAGACACUGCCAGAUACUGCUGGAUGCUUUGAAGAAAUGAAAGAAAGAAUUCAGCGGAGCAAAGACUUGCAAGUUGCAAGGAAAGAAUGAUUGUGCUUUCUUGGAGAAAGAGCCAGGGAACUUGCGUAUCUCUCCGUGGCUACCUGCAUAUAUCGAUUUGGUGUUAGGGCAAGAAAGAAAGAAACCUCUUCAACAUGAGAAUUUGGAUCUUGAUAAGGUCUUCUGUUUUUCUGAGUCAGUGCAAACUGACCCAGAAUGCCAUCUUCUCGAGCUGAAUUAAUGACAAAAAGUAUAGAUUUUUGUUAACAGUGUGUUGCACCAAAUUCCAAAUGUUUACUGCACUUUAAUGCUGUGUGCUGAGGAAUGAUGCAAUGAUAAAGCUGUGCUGCAUACAGCUUUCAGCAAUACCAUGGGCCAUAAAAUCUAAUUUUAGGCAUUAAAAUUGAUUAUUUCAACCGUAAUAGUUACUCCACUCUUCUGCUUUAUUUCCCUUUUCUGCUUAGACUACAAGUUACAUGUCUGAGUGAGUGGAACAUUUUGGUGGUGGGUAUAUAUUUUAUAUGCGUGUUUCUGGGGUGAGGGAGGGAGGGGGAUAUUCCCGAAUGCUGCCAUAGCUGCCUAUCAGUUGGAAGGGCAAAUUCAGAAAACCUAGCACGGGAAAAAAACCACGGAAUUCUGAACACGCACACUCAACGUGUGGAUUAAACCUUUUCUUAACUGCCUUCUCUCCCCUCAUGUCCUGGUUAGCUUCAGUGCUGAGGGUUGCUGCAUCUGGAUUUAAUUCUCUUGAAAAAUGAGCGCAUCCAGAAGAUGCACAUAGUAAAUAAAAACUGUGGCCUUUAUCUUCCUGCAUGAUCUUUGAAUGGAGAGAAUGUGCUGUAACAUUUCUGCACUGUAACAGAAAAACCAAUCUGGCAAUGGUUGCCGAUUCUUAAUUCUCAGGGAAUGUUUGCUAUAAUUGUUUUAAAGAAAUACUUUUUAUUUUAUGACCAUAAUACUAACUUCUGAUCUGGAACAGGCCUUUAAUGACAACAGUCUUAAAGAUGUAAUGUGUUCUACUUUGAACUUGCUCCUGCGGAAGAUUUUGGUUUAUGGGAGCCCAUAGGUUUCUCCUUGGUUCAAGAAACAUACUGAUAAUCGUGUUCUAAAGGAAUGGAUUUGCUGUUCUACAAUGCUAUUAAAUAAAUUGCACACAGU